AUGGUAGAAUCACUCAAAUCGGAUUUUAAUCUUACAUCGCAAGAAAUAUGUACUGUAAUUGCUAUGGAGCUAUUUGUUACACCAAUUUUAGAAAUUAUUGAGGUUGCAUCAAAUCUAAUGACUGAUUUGUCAUUAGGUAAUACUGAUCUCAUAAGGCAAAUAUCAUGUGAUUCUGGCAUAAUGCGAUAUUCGAUCAUAACAACUGCUAAUCAUUAUCCUGUACUUCAAGCAAUUUUUCGUGAAAUUCCUUCGAAAGAAGACGGUAAAGAUUUGACACCGUGUUCAAGAAAUCAUUUUAGUAAUACGCAUGUUGUUCACAUUCAAGUGACUGAUAUAGUCCAAUGCAUGAAUAAGGAUUCAAUUAUUAGCAACAUUAAUCGUUACAUAUCCAAUAGAAAUUACGAUGAAUCUUCGAUUUCUGAAAUAAAUACAUGUAUAGCAUUCGGAAAAGGACGAAGAAUAUGCAAAGGAAAGGAGUUAGCUAUUACAAUAAUAACUGCUUUGCUAAGUACACUUUAUCGUGAGUUACAACAAUGGCCAAAUACUGAAAUUUCAGCUGGACGAAAAUAUAAGCCAUUUCUUUCUUUAAAUGAUCGCUUAUAUCGGUUUCAACGUCGUUCCUGGAUAGCUAAUGUUCAAUACUUUUUCGAUAACCUUUUUAAAAGAACUAAUCAGCAACGUUUUGAAUGUCACCUGUGA